AUGCCAACAACUCAGAUCAACUGGCUUAUCCCCAAACCAACACGCAAGCCUCCCGUAGCCACGAGCCCCGCCAAAAUGCCCAAACCCGCCGCUCAACCGGACCAGCUGGGCCACAGCAGCCAGACACUGGUAUUGCCAUGCGUCCAGCCUGAAGCUGCGGCCGAACCGGACCAGCUGGGCCCCAGCGGCCAGAUCGGUUAUUAG